GGGAGAAAUCCGCAGCUAAGAUGCGAACAGCGACGACAGCUUUCAUUAAUUAAUACAACAGACAACCAGCCAGACAUCUGCUUGCAGUUUUCUCGACGGCUUCUGUGGCAUCCACAACAUUUUUGUCGAAACGGUUUUCAUAGAAUAUCGUCACCUUGGUUGCAGAGGUUUGGAGAAGAAGAAUAUUGAAAGAAAUAAAUAUCGACAGAAGCAUUUCACUCCGGUGGCAUUCGUGACAGAGAUGCGACUUCCGUUUCGUAUUCUAGCGGCGACCUUUACCCUCACUGCGUGUCACUUGCUAUGUGCACGUGCUGCGAGUCUGCGCAUGCGCACUGCGCCAGAAACCGGUGAGCAGACGGCAGCUGACGACGACAAAGAGCUGAGCAGAGAAAAACGAAUGACUGUGGAUUUAGUGGGUUUUCUUCAACAAUAUGGCUAUAUGCCUCCAACAGAAUCCGAAAAUGGCGAAGCUAUGUUUUUUUCAGAAGCUACCCUUACCGAUGCCAUCAGGGGAUUUCAGAAAUUUAACGGACUUCCCGUGACUGGAGACCCGGAUGAUCAGACCAUCCGUAAGAUGCUCUCGCCGCGGUGUGGUUUCCCAGACGUCGUCCCCGAUAGUUCCGGCCCGGUGACUUCCUCAGAUGGCGCUCCUCAACCCUUCACUACUCUAGGUACUCGCUGGCACAAGAACACACUUUCCUGGAAGCCAGUCAAGUUUUCCAGCAAACUGCCAGAAUCGGAACAGUGGAAGGCCAUAGAGAGUGGAAUGAAGCACUGGAGCAAGGUGGCGCCACUUAAUUUCCAGUACACUUCUGGUGAAGCCGACAUCGAUAUUCUGUUUGUUCGUGGGGAUCAUGGAGAUGGUGUUAAAAAUCAGUUUGACGGCCCAGGUCGUGUGUUGGCACAUGCAUAUCAGCCAGCGCCAGACAUGGGAGGAGAUGUCCACUUUGACGAGGAUGAGAACUGGUCCAUUGGGACAGGCUCUGGCACCGACCUGGAGACAGUUGCUGCCCAUGAACUAGGUCAUGCCCUGGGUCUUGGACACUCACAACUCGCUGGUGCUCUCAUGGCGCCGUACUACAAAUACUCCCCCAACCUGCAACUGCACAUCGACGACAUCCGGGCCAUCCAGAGUUUGUAUGGAUCAAGGACAUCUUUACCUUCUACAUCAUCUACUACUUCAACAACAACCAUUUCUACAACAACAAAAACUACUAAAUCACCAACAACAACUACACCAUAUUCUCCAGACAAACCAUACUGUGGACCAAAUUUUCACAUAGAUGCUAUAGCUGGAGGACCUGACGGCUUUAAGUACAUUUUCCGACAAAACUCUGUGUACCGCGUCAGUCGCUGGGGUCUAGAAUCUGAUUUUCCCCGAGCUGUUGACCAGGUGUUUAAAGGUGGUCCCAAAGGUCACCUGCUUGCCGCUGUUUACAUCCCAGAGACCAACCAGCAUUACCUGUUUAAAAGUGCUCAGUACUGGCGCUUCACUAAUUUCCUGCUAGACAAAGGCUACCCACGGGACUUCACCCCUCAGCACAAACCCAGUGCUGCUCUCACUUUUCAAUAUGGAUAUGGACAUACCAGAAUAUUUAUGUUUGGGAACACUACAUUCUGGGAAUGGGACCCUGUCACAGAACAUACUGUGGCUGGCUACCCACUUUCAAGUGAUGUGUACUGGCGAGGUGCUCCUCGUAGUCCUGACGCCGCUAUUGACACAAAUGAUGGCUAUACUUUCUUCUUCAAGGGAAAUAGGUACUACAAACUGCGUCACCGGGUUUUAGUAAGUGAGCCAAAGCCUCUGGGUCCUGACUGGUUUGGCCAGACAUGUAGAGCAAGCUUGACAUCUAUAAAUGAGGCUGAUGGCCUUAGAGAUCCAGGCAUGAAAGAUGUGAAACCUGUGGUCAGUGAUGGAGAGAAGACAGGGUUUGAUUUAUCACCAGUACCAAGCUUGCCAUCACAGUUUGCUCAAUUGGCAGUAAAAGGUGGUUUGAGGAACAGGCACCAUUAAUUUAUUGAAGACCUUCAGUGCUCUCCUGAAACCAGCAGAAGCAAUGACAGGUCAUGUGGCAUUGGAUCAGAGCAUUCUUAAGAGAUUUAGGGAUGAAGGGACUGUGCAAGUUAUAGAGGGAACAUAAAUAAGUUCUGCUCGUGUCAGCUUUAUUUUUAUCGCAGGCGCAGAUAUGUGUUAGAAUGACUGAGGUGUUAGAACUUCAGAAUGUAAUAAUGUUAGUCACACAUACUUCAAUAACCACCACCAGCAGAACAAGCACGCCCCACACGUGAAUUUAAAACGGGUUUGAAAAAUCUUUUAAAUUCGAAAACAUGCUUUCUUUGAAGUCAAGUUAUAAACUAAUUUUUGAUGUGUUUAUAUCAUUGUAACGUUGUUGUGAAACUCAACUUCAAUAAUUUUUGUAGAUGAGAUUUGAGGACAAUUGCUUCAGUGGUAGUGGGACAUAAUUCAUGGCUACAAUAAGUAGCAUCCUGUUUUACAUCUGAAUCACUGAUCACUGGAAAUGGCAUCUGAAGAAAGGAUGGCAAUUGUUGCAGUUGUUUUCCAAAGUUUAUUGUUUGAUGAAAAGAUCAAUUUAAAAAUUUGGGGUUUUUUAAAAAUCAAAAACAAAAAAAUUAGGGUAAAAUGAAAACAAGGCAAGAAAUAAAUUAGCUAAUGACCAUUGUGACUCAACAGAUGUGAUGGAAGUUUAAAUUAAAGCCAUUUAAUAAAAAUACUGGCUGUUGUGAAGAAAACGUUUAAAUGCAUCUUUAUCCUUGUAUUUUAAAUUGUUUUAUGCUUAUGUUAAUUUUAUGCACUCUUUUGAGUUGUAAAAUUUUGAUAUGUUUUAAAAUUGUGCCUUGAAUAUUUUCGAUGGGUGUACAAAAAAGUGGAGUUGUUGCCAUGAUUUACUGAUAAAUUCAAGUAUUAAUUCAUUCAGCAUACAUGUGAAAUGUUUUUAUGAGAACGUUUGCUUGAACACUCUUGUUUUAAGAGACCGAUUCAUGAGAUUUUGUGAACACUUUUUACCAUGUAAAGGUUUUUUAAAUAAACAAAAUAAAAUGUG